UCAAGCAAAACUCCCUCUUCACCACAAAAAAAAAAAACCUUAACAAUGCCAUUUUUUCCCCCUUCUUCUCCUUCCUCACCGCCCCAUCAAACAACCUCCAACGUCAAAAAUAACUUCUCCAUUCUCCCAAAACCCAACAAAAUAAGCAGAAAUCACAGAACAAGAAAACCAAAACACAUUGAUUUCAUCACAGAAAGCAUUUAAAACGCAAUUACCAGAUAUCUUACUCUAUAUUAUGGGCAGAGAAUUACCUUCAUCGCCAGAAAUCCAUCCCAUAACCUUCCACGCCUUUUUCAUCACCAGCAUCCUCGCCUCCCUCGCCAUCCUCGCCGCAAUCUGCGCCUCCUGCCACCGGAAACCUAAAAAGACGCGGCCUUUGGGGGAAGUUACUGCAUCGUUAGGGCCGACACCGAACACCGACACCAUGGUAGCGCCAGCAGCGGCGUCGAUUGAGGUAGAUGAGCGACACCCCGACGAAGAGGAAGAGAAAAUAACGGAGCUUGAAGGGAAAAUUCAUCGUCCGACACCAUCGGCGGAAAUGUCGAAGUCGAAGCGGCGGCUUUCGAUGAGCUCAAGCAUUGCAUUUCGUUAA